AUGAGAAGAAUUUUUAAAAUAUUUUAUUCAAUUUUAACAAUUAUUAUCAUAUAUGGAUUCUUAUACUGGUGCGUAAAUUUAUCAAUAUCCAAUCAGAACAUUAGUGAACAACCUUCCAAUACUAACAAUUACAGCUGGAAUAAUUUUAAUGAAUCAUUAUUUUAUCCUGGUAUUGCAAUUAUCGCUGAUAAUCGUGCAGAUUUAAGCAUACCAUCACGUGUACUCAACGUUCUAACACACAUUCCAAGUACAUGGCCUAUACAAAUCAUUUAUGGCACAUCAAAUUAUAAAUAUUUAAUUGAAUGUGAAGAUUUGAAACCAUAUAUUGAAAAUGGACGAAUUAUUUUAACAAAAUUAUUUAAUGAAAACUUAUUUGCAUCACCGAACAAUCUUUUUACAACUGUUAAAUUUUAUGAACAAAUUGUAGGUGAAAAAAUUCUCAAUUUUCAACUAGAUUCACUAUUUUGUUCAAAUUCACCGCAUAAACUAACAGAUUAUCUCCAAUAUGAUUAUAUAGGUGCGCCAUGGCGUAUGACUUCAGAACAUGGUAUGGUCGGCAAUAGCGGCUUUAGUUUACGUACACGAUCGAAAACAAUUGAGCUCUUAACUAAACAUUCAUAUGAUUUUUCUAAAAAUGAAGACGAAUGGUUUGCUUCACAUUUUUAUUUAGUUAAUGCUAGCAUACCACCUGUACAAAUAGCUGUGACAUUUUCAGUUGAAACACAAUAUUAUUCAAAACCACUUGGAGUUCAUAUGCCCGGAAAUUAUUUGAAUAUGAAAGAUUAUAAGGCGUUGUGCAAACAAUGUCCAGAAGUACGCAUGAUUUGGCCUUAUUGCCAAAAUAAAGUGAAACUAGUUGGCCGAAAUACUGAUGAUUAUUAG